UGUUUAGUGAGUCAGGGAGAAGCUGGGGUUAGUAAGUAGGUUUAAACAUCGCAGCUACCAAAAAGGAAUACAGCAAUUGGAGAUAAACAGGUUUUUCCUCUCGCUGUGAAAAGGAGCUGGGACAAUGUUUUAUGCCCACUUUGUCCUAAGCAAGAGAGGGCCGUUAGCCAAAAUUUGGUUAGCGGCCCAUUGGGAUAAGAAACUCACCAAAGCUCAUGUGUUUGAGUGUAAUUUGGAGAGCAGUGUGGAAAGCAUCAUCUCCCCCAAGGUCAAAAUGGCCCUGAGGACCUCAGGUCAUCUUCUCCUGGGGGUUGUAAGAAUCUACCACAGGAAAGCCAAAUACCUCCUUGCAGAUUGUAAUGAAGCAUUCAUCAAGAUCAAAAUGGCUUUUCGUCCAGGUGUGGUGGAUUUGCCUGAAGAGAACAGAGAGGCAGCCUACAAUGCAAUCACACUGCCUGAAGAAUUCCACGAUUUCGACCAGCCCUUACCGGAUUUAGAUGAUAUUGACGUUGCACAGCAGUUUACACUGAACCAGAGCAGAGUGGAAGAAAUCACCAUGAGAGAGGAAGUGGGAACUGUGAAUCUCUUGCAAGAAAAUGACUUCGCUGAUUUUGGUAUGGAUGAUCGGGAAAUGAUGCGAGAAGAAAGUGCGUUUGAAGUUGACAUAAUAGGCACUUCCUCCAAUCUUCUGCUUGAGCCUGAGCCCAACAUAAGUCAGCUGAACGAUAAGACAAACCACCUGGAAUAUGAUGAUCAGUAUAAAGACGACACCUUUGGAGACAAUCCCAUGGAUACCAAUGAUGGCGGGAUCUUGGUUGACAAACUUCUGAAUGAAGAUGGAGGUAUUUUUGAUGACCCUCCUGCUAUGACAGAAAGUGUGAUGAUGCCCCAAGAACAUGCACGUGAUGAUGACGAUUUUGAUAUGUCACCUGGGGGCCCUGAUAGUCCAGACUCCGUGGAUCCAGUUGAGCCCCUGCCAACCAUGACUGACCAGACAACUCUAGUACCCAAUGAAGAGGAAGCUUUUGCGCUGGAACCCAUUGAUAUCACUGUUAAAGAGACCAAAGCUAAGAGGAAGAGGAAGCUAAUUGUGGACAGUGUAAAGGAGCUGGACAGCAAAUCCAUCCGUGCACAGCUCAGUGAUUACUCCGACAUUGUCACAACGCUUGACCUUGCUCCUCCAACCAAGAAGCUUAUGAUGUGGAAGGAGACUGGUGGUGUUGAGAAGCUGUUCUCUCUGCCUGCACAGCCACUGUGGAACAGCAGGCUACUUAAGAUGUUUACACGCUGCCUUACUCCAUUGGUACCCGAUGAAUUGAGGAAGAGGAGAAAGGGUGGGGAAGCGGACAGUCUGGAUGAAUUCCUCAAGGAGUUUGAGAAUCCAGAGGUGCCAAGAGAAGAGCAACUACAGCAGCGAGACAUCAUUGACCAGACUAUUUUGGAAGAACCAAGCCGUCUGCAGGACUCUGCGAUGGAGGGCAGCAGGACCACCCUUGAUGAGUCUGUUCUGCCACCACCCCCACAACAAAGAGGACAGAAGCGCAAAUCUGAGUCUGAGCCAGCCCUACCUCUUGGUGCUCUCGAACAACAGCCAGAACUGCAGCAACCACCACAGCUAGAGAUCCCGCCUGUGGUGCUGCCCCCAGAGGAGCCACAGAACAUAAUUGACCUGAUCCCUGAGCUAGACAUCCUGAUGGAAAAGGGGAAAGAGAAAGGGAAGGAUGAUGAGGAGGAGGAGGAGGAGGAAGAGGUUCAAGGUGGUGACCAGGACCAAGAGGAAAGAAGAUGGAACAAGAGAACUCAGCAGAUGCUUCAUGGUUUACAGAGAGCUUUGGCAAAAACAGGAGCCGAAUCAAUCAGUCUUCUUGAGCUGUGUCGAAACAACAACAAAAAACAAGCGGCAGCAAAAUUCUACAGCUUUCUGGUACUUAAAAAGCAGCAGGCCAUUGAGCUCACACAAGAAGAACCUUACAGUGAUAUCGUCGCCACACCAGGACCAAGAUUCCAUAUUAUAUAAAAAUAUAAUUCUGACUAGUACAUUUCACACGAAGGUUUUAAGCAUUUACCCUGUAUGAAGGGUUUCUUCAGGUUAUUGCAGGUUAUUUUAUUUGUUUGUAUAAAGUUUUUUUUCUAUUUUUUAUUUUUUUAUUUUAUUUCAUCUACUGUUAAACCUGUCUGAGCAUUGGAUAGGGAAGAUUUUUUCCAUUUUUUUUUUUUUUUUUUUUUUUUAAACGAAGAUGGUCAGUGAGUAAAACCUGUUCUUGCGUUUUAUUUUGUAGCUCAGAUGGAGUGCAAUUUUGGGAUUUUAACACAAUAAUUAAAGGUGGUUGUCAAUAAGGCCUGGAUCAUGGCUGGCUUGAAAAGUAACAUUUCAGCCUCGUCAGUUCAUAGGUGAUCAUAGUAUUAAACUUAACUUGGUUAUGGAACCUAGCUUAAAUGUUGCCCCCCCAUGGUUUAUGAAGACACAAACACUUAUCUAUGCAGAAGUGCUGUGUUUCAUAGUUACACAUUCUCAAAGACUUAUUUAAAAAAAAAAAAAAAAAAAAAAAAAUCUAAUAUUGCAUUCUCCGUGUCAGCUGUGUUUGGUGUUUUUUAAAUACAUAUUUUAAAAGUACUUUAUUUUAAAGUAAACAAUUAUUUUUAUGAAUAGGAAAAACACAUGUUGUAAAGUGCCAUUUAAUAUUUCCACAAUUUGUAAGUUAAAUACUAAAGUGAAGGUUCUUUCUUGGCAUUUGCACUUACCUUUUUAAAUUUUUUUUUGUUGAUAAUUUUGAACUCAAUCAUUUAAUGAUAGCAGUUUCAAAUUAGACCCCACAAAUGUAUGGAAAUCCUUUAGGUGGAAUUGUUUUCCGUGUAAUGUUUUAUAAGUACUUUUUUGUAAUAAUUGAACAUCAUGCAGCUUUUGAAUUUUAAACAGUCUCCCCCCUGUUGUAAAACAAAACAAGCGAAAAGAACAUGUAGAUACUGCUAAUUAUGGAAAGGAUAAUCAUUUGCAAGUGUGACAGAACUGUUUUGGUAGAUGGAGUUGUUUUAAUGCUUAUUUAGUUCUCCACUUACUGUUUCUAAAUUAGCGGCUGUGUUAUGUAUAACUUUUCUAAUAAAAAAAAAAAAAAAAAAAUCUUAAAUCCAUUUUUAAACUAUCAGUUUCACAAUAUACUUGUCUCUUCACCUUUCUUUGAUUUCAUGGCUCCAAAGUGUAUCCUAUGUAUGUAAAGGGUUGACCUUAAGGCAAGGCGAGUGAGGCAGCCACCUAGGGUCCCCACCCCUUUUAUGGGGCUCCGCGCUCAACCGAACUGCCUGAGAUUUUAAUGGGCUCCUUACGUAUGCUCAGAACGUUCAGGGGUGCAAAUUUGGAUUACCCAUAUAGCACCAGCAACAUUAAAUUCUGGUGCCAGACUUUUUUUUUUUUUUUUUUUAUUUUUAUUCCUUGGCAACCAUAGAUGAUUUUUUCAUUGGAUCUGGACUACUUGCAUGAUCCACUCACACUCGUCCACCUACACAGGAGAGCAGGGUCGUGUGGGGAAAGUGGUAGCAAACAUGUUGCAGCACACUUACACAGUUAUUAAUUACAUCUUUGUUCAGGAAGUCAAAAAGGUAUGUGGGCAAUACUAGACUUAGCAGGUAACAAUACAUUGUUAAAUAAUGUUUUGUGUUUGCAAGCUUCUUCAUUUACUGCGAAAGUUAAGAUUUGCUAGUUUAUAAACAAUUAGUUUAAAAAGUGCUCAUGCUUUUGGUUAAGUGCAUAUAUUCACAUAUUUUUAACAUAAUCUGUUGAUGCAGCUAUGUAAAUCCAUUAAUACAUUUCAGUGUAGCUGAAUUCACAUGCUGUUUCAUUCAUAUGUCAAAUGUUUGGGCUACUCAUGUCUGCUGUCUAAGAUUUCUUAAUAUAGCAAUUUUGGUGUUGAGAUAUAUAAUCUCACACAGCACAAUGUUUCUAAUACCGUUCAUUUUGUAAUUUUUUUUUUUUUUUUUUUAAUCCAGUAACAUACUGUUUUUGAAUGGAAUAAUUUUAAUAAUGACAAACUACAUGUACCUAUAUGUAAAAUUCCCUCUAACCCAUUUUUUUUUACUAAGAAAAGUGUCAUUACAGGCUGCUAUGAGUCUUGCCAUGGCUGAGAUGCAGCAGAAUUUCUUUUUUUACAAAUAUGGGUGAUUGGAUAUGGGGUACAUUUUGUAAAAUAUUUACUGUAACACAACAGUAAAAACUAAAUUAAUUCCAGUGACCUUUGGUUCUGGUGAGUAGCUUAUCUAGGCUGAUGUUGAUAAAGAUGUGUUUGCGCUCAACAAUGACUCAAAUACUCAGAUUUGGUAAAGGACAUUGUUGCCCAUAAAGCUAGAAAAAUGUCUUUCAUGUAUGUUAUGUAAUUUAGAACACUAUAAAAUGGGGGGCGGGGGGGAAUGCCCAGGGGUUAAUUUGUUACAUUGUCAUGUUAAAGGGAUUUUUUUGUUAUUGUUUGUUUAUGUAUUUUUUCCAUCGACCUGUCAACUCAUUAUAGUCUGGGAUUACAGUAUUUUUCAAUCGGGCUAUUGGGGCAUGGUCAACUUAUAAAAAAAAAAAAAAAAAAGUGAUGUCUGAAGAGGACUGGAAUUCUGAGUGCUUUUCAAGUUGUGAAUUUUAUAAAAUGUUAGUGUAACAAACAAGUUUUCAUUAACAUUUUAAUAGCUAUCAUUUACCAUAUCUUAACGUUCGUAUAUGUAGGUGCAUAUGAUUACAUGAUGCACCUAUAUACUAACUUUAAGGUGUGGUUGCUACUGUAGCAUUCAUUUGAUGUUCUGGACCCCGCACUUAAUCAUCACUGCCUAGGGCCUGCACGGCCUAAGCCUGGCCCUGUGUAUAUAUAACUACAUGCAUCUGUAUUGGAAUAUGUCUGACCUUCCCUAUGUUUUUUCUUAAUACAUUUGUAUGUGUAAAUACUGUGGGUGCAGGUGCUUAGGUAUACAGGAAGAUCUGCACUAGAUACUGUACUUCAUUGCAUAACAUAGUUCACCAAAUGGUUCUUGAAUAAAAUGUGUGUUAUAUAAUUGGUAUGAAAACAUACUCUACCUAUCUCAUUCAAUUGUUGUCUUAACAAAAUUGUCCUUCAUUAAAUUAGUAUUUGAUCUUAUUUUGCAUCAUAAAAGUACCUCAUAAGGACAAUGCAUCAUGAUAUUGUAUCAUGCCCUGUAUAUCGCAACUAUAUGCUAUAUAGUACCAUGUCAUGACAUUAGUGUAUCAUUAAAGCCUUAAAGCCAUAAUACUGAAUGCAUGAGAUGUGUGUUUUGUGGGGUUGUUUUUUUUUUCAAAAUUUUAGCAGUCACCAAUUAUUGUUUUUUGUUAUUUUCUCCCCAAUUUA